ACGGGGGCGGGAGGACCUUGGCAGAGCCUCGGGCCUGGGGUCCAGAGCAGGGCCCCUUCCUGGGGGAGUUUCCUGCUGGGUCCGCCCUCCCUGCCUCUCCCCGCCUCUCCCCGCCCCCCUCUCCGGGCCGCUCCUUGUAUGGUCUGAGCGCCGCUCUCUUCCCGCCCCUUCCCUCCCUCCCUCUUCCCUGCGUCCCUCCCCGCCCAGCCUGGAGGCUGCUCGGGACCCGAACGCAGAGUCUUGGGACCCGGCUGCGAGGCGGCCACCCCAGACGCGGCGCGCACGCUCCAGCCCGCGCAGCCCGGCUUGGCCAUGGCGGCCCCCCGUCCGCCUCCCGCGAUCUCCGUCUCGGUCUCGGCUCCGGCUUUUUACGCCCCACAGAAGAAGUUCGGCCCGGUGGUGGCCCCAAAGCCCAAAGUAAAUCCUUUCCGGCCCGGAGACAGCGAGCCUCCCUCGGCCGCCGGGGUCCAGCGCGCGCAGAUGGGCCGGGUGGGCGAGAUCCCCCCGCCGCCCCCUGAAGACUUUCCCCUACCACCGCCUCCUGUCCUUGGUGAUGGCGACGACUCAGAGGGUGCUCUAGGAGGUGCCUUCCCACCUCCCCCUCCGCCUGUGGAGGAACCGUUUCCCUCUGAGGCUCUGGAGGAGGAGAUCUUUCCUUCCCCUCCGCCUCCGUUGGAGGAGGAGGGAGGGCCUGAGGCUGCCAUACCUCCCCCACCACAGCCCAGGGAGAAGGUGAGCAGUAUUGAUUUGGAGAUCGACUCUCUGUCCUCGCUGCUGGAUGACAUGACCAGGAAUGAUCCCUUCAAAGCCCGGGUGUCCUCUGGAUAUGUACCCCCACCAGUUGCCACUCCAUUCAUUCCCAAGUCCAGUACUAAGCCUGCAGCUGGGGGCACAGCACCCCUGCCUCCUUGGAAGUCCCCUUCUAGCUCCCAGCCUCUGCCGCAGGCCCAGGCUCAGGCUAAGCCUCCCAGUCAGACCCAGUUCCAUGUGCAGCCCCAAGCCAAGCCUCAGGUGCAGCCCCAGCCCCAGGCUCAUCCCCAGCCUGUGCCUUUGGCUAACAUCCAGCCUCGAGGACCCCCAGCCCCAUCUCCAGCCCCUAAGUUUUCCCCAGUCCCUCCCAAGUUUACUCCUGUGGCUUCCAAGUUCAGCCCUGGAGCCCCAGGUGGACCCGGGUCACAGCCCAGUCAGAAGUUGGGGUCCCCUGAACCUCCCUCUUCCAGUAGCACAGGCUCCCCUCAGCCCCCCAGCUUCACCUAUGCUCAGCAGAAGGAGAAGCCCCGAGUGCAGGAGAAACAGCAUCCGGUGCCCCCACCGGCUCAAACCCAAAAUCAGGGACGCUCCCCUGGGGCCCCAGGACCUCUGACUUUGAAGGAGGUGGAGGAGCUGGAGCAGCUGACCCAGCAGCUGAUGCAUGACAUGGAGCACCCUCAGAGGCAGAACGUGGCUGUCAACGAGUCCUGUGGUCGGUGCCGUCAGCCGCUGGCACGCACACAGCCCGCAGUCCGGGCUCUGGGGCAGCUGUUCCACAUCACCUGCUUCACUUGCCACCAGUGUGAGCAGCAGCUUCAAGGACAACAGUUCUACAGCCUGGAGGGGGCGCCCUACUGCGAGGGCUGCUACACUGACACUCUGGAGAAGUGCAACACGUGUGGGCAGCCCAUCACUGACCGCAUGCUGAGGGCCACGGGCAAAGCCUACCACCCGCAGUGCUUCACCUGUGUGGUCUGCGCCUGCCCCCUGGAAGGCACCUCCUUCAUUGUGGACCAGGCCAACAGGCCCCACUGUGUACCUGACUACCACAAGCAGUACGCCCCCAGGUGCUCUGUCUGCGAAGGACCCAUCAUGCCUGAGCCUGGCCGCGAGGAGACCGUGCGAGUGGUGGCUCUGGAUAAGAACUUCCACAUGAAGUGCUACAAGUGUGAGGACUGUGGGAAAGCGCUGUCCAUCGAGGCGGAUGACAAUGGCUGCUUCCCCCUGGAUGGCCAUGUGCUCUGCCGGAAGUGCCACACUGCCAGAGCCCAGACCUGAGCAGGGGAUGGGCGAGUCCCUUCCCCAUCAGCGUACCACCCACACUGAGACCACCCUGCCCCCCUUCAGUUAUUUUUUUGAUGUCCAGCCCCUCCUUCCACGCCACCCCCUGCCCCAGGAUCCCAAGCACCCUGUCCGGGGGUUCCAUUACGGCCUAGGGCUGCAGAGUCCCAGCUCCGGGUUUCUAGCCCACCCCAUCCCGCAGGGACCACGCACCAUCCUCCAGGUGUACCCCACCUGUGGGGGCACCAGGUUGAGCGCUGCUGCUUUCACUGCUGCACCGAUGCCCUUGGAGGAGCAGCUGCGUCCUCUGCUUGCUGAGGCCAGGAGAUGCCCUGACUCCAGGAGACUGGACUGGGCCGGGCAGACCGGCCUGGACAUUCCCACUCACCCCCAUGCUGCCAGGUUGUGGCUACAGCUACAAAUAAAAAACCCUGUUUUCCAGAA